UGCUCAGAAGCGUCUAAAUUGCCAAAAUGACGGCUCAGAAGAAGCAGUAGAGGCGGAGUACAGGCUUUUUGUACUUCUCCAGGUCAGGUUGAGGUAACUCCACAUAGUCCUUAUGACAGCCAGUUCACGUUAGAUAGAUAACUAUAGCUACAGUAUUUAGCUAUACCUGUGCUAGCUUACCGUUAUAUCCCAUAUCAUUUGCAUUGUCCGCCUGGUUUGUUCACGCGACGUGAGUUGCUCAGUGUUGUAACUUAGCAACUACCGCGGACAUGGGACGGAAAGUGACCCUCGCUACGUGCUCGUUGAAUCAGUGGGCUUUGGACUUUGAAGGCAACCUGGAGAGAAUACUGAAGAGUAUUGAGAUUGCUAAAGCUCACGGAGCCAAAUACAGACUGGGCCCGGAGCUAGAGAUAUGCGGUUUUGGCUGUGCAGACCACUUCUAUGAGUCGGACACGUUGCUCCACAGCUUCCAGGUCCUGAGGAAGCUUCUAGAAUCGUCUGUCACCCAGGACAUCAUCUGUGACGUGGGCAUGCCCAUCAUGCAUCAUAAUGUGCGCUACAACUGUCGGGUCCUGUUCCUCAACAGAAAGAUUCUGUUGAUCAGACCUAAAAUGGUGAUGGCCAACCACGGGAACUACCGAGAGCUGCGCUGGUUCUCACCGUGGAACCAGUUAAGGAAUGUGGAGGAGUAUUUCCUGCCAAGAAUGAUCCAGGAGGUAACAGGGCAGGUUACUGUCCCAUUCGGUGACUGCGUGCUGUCCACUAAGGACACCUGCAUUGGCACUGAGAUUUGCGAGGAGCUCUGGAACCCCAGAAGCCCCCACAUUCAGAUGGGUCUGGAUGGAGUCGAAAUCUUUACCAAUUCGUCCGCCAGCCACCACGAGCUCCGCAAAGCGGACCAAAGAGUCAACCUGAUCAAGUCAGCCACCACCAAGGACACAGGACAAUGCAAAGCAGAGAUCACCAGAGGGCAGUGUUGUACCACCAAUACAGGACACAGUACCACCAGUGGAGGCAUCUACCUGUAUGCCAACCAGAGGGGCUGUGACGGGGACCGCGUGUACUACGAUGGGUGCGCCAUGGUGGUCAUCAACGGAGACAUUGUGGCACAGGGAGCGCAGUUCUCACUGAACGAUGUGGAGGUGAUUACAGCCACUCUUGACCUGGAGGAUGUGCGGAGCUACAGAGGAGAAGUGUGCCAGCCGAACAUGGAGCGUGAACCCAAACCUUGCCACAGGGUCAAAGUUGACUUCUCUUUCUCCAGUGGGGAUGAUAUCUUCCUCCCUACCCACCAGCCAAUAACAUGGCACUUUCAUACCCCAGAGGAAGAGAUCAGUCUAGGGCCGGCCUGCUGGCUGUGGGACUACCUGAGGAGAAGUGGACAGGCUGGUUUCCUGUUGCCUCUGAGUGGAGGUGUGGACAGCUCGUCCACCGCCUGUAUCGUCCACUCCAUGUGUGUGCUGCUCUGCCAGGCCGUAGAGGACGGCAACGGCCAGGUGCUGGAGGAUGUUCGCAGGGUGGUGGGGGAUGACUCCUACCGUCCCCAGCACCCAGGGGAGCUGUGCGCUCGCAUCUUCACCACCUGCUACAUGGCCAGCGAGAACUCCUCAGAGGACACAUGCAGCAGGGCCAGAGAGCUGGCCAAUCAGAUCGGCAGCACACACAUGAAUAUUAACAUAGAUAUGGCAGUGAAAGGCAUUCUGGGUAUCUUCUCAGUGGUUACUGGAAGGUGGCCUCAGUUUCGCGCCAAUGGAGGAAGCCACAGAGAAAACCUGGCUCUGCAGAAUGUGCAGGCUCGUGUCAGGAUGGUCCUGGCCUACCUGUUUGCCCAGCUGAGUCUGUGGGCGCGGGGGAAACCCGGUGGAUUGCUGGUGCUUGGCUCAGCCAACGUAGAUGAGAGCCUGACAGGGUAUUUCACAAAGUACGACUGUUCCAGCGCUGACAUCAACCCAAUAGGAGGCAUCAGCAAGGCUGACCUGAAGAGCUUCCUGCUCUACUGUGUGGAGCAGUUCCAGCUCCCCGCUCUGACAGGCAUCCUGUCCGCACCUCCCACAGCUGAACUGGAGCCACUGACAGACGGACAUGUGUCACAAACAGACGAGGCAGACAUGGGGAUGACCUACUCUGAGUUAUCUGUGAUUGGACGACUGAGGAAGAUCUCCAAGUGCGGCCCCUUCAGUAUGUUCUGUAAACUCAUUCACAUGUGGAAGGAUGCGCUCUCACCCACAGAGGUUGCCCAGAAGGUGAAGCACUUCUUCCGCAUGUACUCCAUGAACCGCCACAAGAUGACCACGGUGACGCCGUCCUACCACGCCGAGAGCUACAGCCCCGAUGACAACCGCUUUGACCUCCGACCUUUCCUCUAUAACACUCGCUGGACCUGGCAGUUCAGGUGCAUCGACCAGGUGUCCCAGGAGACGGCAAACACCCCACGGCAAUAGGAACCUGAGGUCUUCAGUGUCCUGUCAUUACCCAUCCCAACUGUGAGAUCAAAAAGAUCAUAUAUUAUUUGGUGAUUUUGUGUAGCUUUCAGUCAAGCCAAAUACGUUGUACUGUGUUUGCAAGCGCAGGGCCAAGCAGGGGACAGAAUUACUUUUCUGGGACUCUAUAGAACCUUUGUUCUACCCAGUGGUGGGAUGUAACGAAGUACAUUUACUUAAGUGCUGCA